GCACAGCACCUUUCCCAAGUAAAUUUUUUCUUUCAUACGCUCCCACUUAUAAAACAAGAAUGUCGGUGCUUUCAUACUCAGAGUCUGGUUGGGACACGCAAGAUGACCGGUGGGAUGACUGGGAGGACGACGAGCUGAUGACGCCGAUGAAGUGCCUGUUCUGCAAAACGACGUUCCAGAGCGCGAUCACGCUGUUCCGGCACGUGAAGCAGGCGCACGGGUUCGACUUCCCGAAAGUGCGGUCGACAUUGCACCUGGACUUUUACCAGAGCAUGCGCCUGGUGAACUACAUCCGCAAGCUGGAGAAGAGCGAUCCGGAUUUUGCGCGCGUAUCCGAGUUCUCGGUGACCGGCACCGAGGGGUUCCUGAACGACGACGAGUACCUGAAGCCAGUGCUAGAGGACGACACGCUGCUGUACGCACUGGAUGAGCUGGAUCUGGACGACACGCGGUCGGUCAGCAGCUCGCGGCCGGGCAGCCUGGCGCGCACGCCCCGCUUGGACGGGUUCGAGGCGGCGGCGAAUAUGAAGGAGCGCGAGCUGAUGAACAAGAUUCGGGCGCUGGAGCAGCAGCUGGGGAUCAAGGAGCGCGAGGUGAAGUUUGUCGGGGAGCAGUUUGACGAGUACCGGCAGAUGGUGAAGCGGCAGUUCUACGACAACAUUGGCGAGCCGGCGCUGGAGAAGGCCGAGGGCGAUUACUACUUCAACUCGUACGCCAACAACGACAUCCAUUUGCAGAUGCUGCAGGAUAAGGUGCGCACGGAGGGGUACCGGGAUUUCAUGUAUGCGUCGCGCGAGCUGUUCAAGGGCAAGGUGGUGCUGGAUGUCGGGUGCGGCACUGGCAUUCUGUCGAUGUUUGCAGCGCAGGCGGGAGCGGCUCGGGUCAUUGCGGUGGAUAACUCGGAGAUUGUGGUCAAGGCGCGGGCGAACGUGGCCGAGAACGGGCUCGACGGAGUGAUCACGGUGGUGCGCGGCAAGAUCGAGGAGAUCGAGCUGCCGGUGGACUCGGUGGAUAUCAUCAUCUCUGAGUGGAUGGGCUACUUUUUGCUGUUCGAAGCCAUGCUGGACUCGGUGCUGGUGGCGCGCGACCGAUUCCUGGCGCCCGGCGGUCUGCUGGCGCCCAGUGCCUCGUACAUCUACCUGACGGCGAUCCAGGACGACGAGUACAUGCGCGACCAGGUCAACUACUGGGACGACGUGUAUGGGUUCAAGAUGUCGGCCAUGAAGCAGCAGCGCGUGGUGGCUGAGGCCGACGUGGAUGUGAUCCCAGGCAACAGUGUCGUGGCCACGCGCGCACUGAUUGCCGAGAUCGACCACGGUACCACAACAUCCAAGAAGCUCGACUUUGCCAGCGAGUUUACCGUCACGGUUACCCAGGACGCGACCAUCCAUGCGCUGCUCGGAUACUUCGACGUGGCGUUCUCCCAGUCUCAGGCGGUCCCGGGCCCGUCCCAGCAGGACCUCAACGCCGAUGCGUAUGAGAGCGGCGAGGUCACCGAUAAGGCGCUGUGGAGGCAGCCGGGCAUGCAUGGGUUCACGACCGGCCCGCACGGCACGCCGACGCACUGGAAGCAGACGGUGUUUGUGCUGCCCGAGGCACUCAGCGCCAAGCAGGGCGACGAGGUGCGCGGCAGCUUUGUGUGCCGCAAGAGCUCCACUAACCCGCGCGAGCUCGACAUUGAGCUUGCCUACUACCAUGUGCCGAAGGGCGUCGAGGGCGAGUUUGAGAAGAACAUCAAACACCAGUCGUACCAGCUUGUCUAGAAACGAUCUUUUUAAAUACAUGAAACAGGGCUCUAC